CAAUGGCGGUGUCCCGAUUGUGGACCACCAGCAGUGGACACUUUCGUCCAAGUUACACGAGCUACUUGAAACGUUUCAUGAACAAUGAUUUUCCCGAUGCUAGCAUUGAGGAAUGGCAUAUUGAAGCGAAGAUAAAGAAGUGGCGCCGUACUUGCUUCAUCAUUGUCAACCUACUUGAUCGUCCCGGGUUUGAAUGGGAUGCAAGUCAAAACAUGGUGGUGGCUGAAGACGAUGUUUGGGAUGCAUUCAUUCAAGUUAACAAACAAGCUAGGGAGGCAAGAGAUGUUCAAUUUCCACUGUUUGAAGAUUGGCGUGUUUGCUUCAUUUCUCCUCCCGAAGAGCCCGAGGAGUAGGUCAAGAUGGCGGAA